GGGACAGUAAUAACUCGUUGGUUUUAACUAAUAAAUAUUUAGAUUUAAUUUAGCUUUUUAUUAUUAAACAGAAUUUGAAAAAUGCAAAGUCGGUAGCUUGUUUCAUAGUCAUGUACUUUGAAUCUGUCUCCGAGUAACUGAGCAUGAUAUUUAUGUCUUAGUUUGUGCAAAAGAUGUAUAUAGUGAAUAGAUAAAUAUGAGUAAACAGUGGCAUACUUUGAGCGUCUAUAGGGUAAACUUCAAUCAUCUUGUUACACAUACAAAAGGCUUGGCGUCUGGCCAUGCAAAAAAUUUAAUCGAUAUUACCGGAAGAUAUAACUAAUAUCUAUCCACCCACACAUUCACAAAUGCAAGUUUCACGAUGUUAUAUGUCUCUCACUCUCAGUUUUUCUAUCUCUUUCUCUCGCCUUCUCAGUGUAUCUGUCUUUUUGUCCAGUUUUUUACAGCUAACCAGCGUGAUUGAGUUUGUAUCUCACAUACUUUAUAAAAUUUCAUUGUAAAUUUAACUAGGUCACUUAAAAAACAAUGAAAAUCUAUAUGGCUCGUACAUAUAAAAACCAAAUUCUAGAAAGCUGAUUAAUUUACACGCUAGUCACACAAUCUUUUGUAUUCACACAUUCUUAUUCACCGUCUAGAAAACGUCGCUGAGUUAUUGUUAUCUGGCUUUGAUUUAAUUUGUGUCUGAAAGUUAACAAAACAUUGUAAAUAAACAAACAUCAAUCUAUAAUCGACGCAUCAAUAUGCCAUUUGGUAAAUCAAAUAAAAAUCAGAAAAUGCGAAAUGCUAAAUCAGACAGUGCACUUCAACAACCUCAAUAUGAUCCGAAAACAAACCAGAAAAUUGUACACGGAUGUGUUGUAUGCGCAUUCGACAGAACUUUAGUCGAUAAUACACAACCAAUCCAACAAGAUAAACUUAGUGAUUUAUUAGUUUCACACCUGAACAAACGAAGAAGUCAUAAAGCUCGACUACUCUGCCUACAAGAUCAUAUGGCGUUUCAAAAGAAAAGUUUCUUAUCGAAAUCGCUAUUUCAUGAUAAGGUAAUGUAUAAAGACAUUGAACAUUAUUUUCUUUGUUCCGAAUACCCAAAUAUAUUUAUGUUAUCACUGAAGUCAGAAAUACCAGGAUCAAGUUAUUAUGAGACGUAUAAGUGUAAAAAUGUUGAAGACGCUAAGCGUUUGUGUAAUAUGGUAUAUGAAGCUUGUCAGCAACCUGAUAAAACAAUACACGAUAUACCACCGGUUUCUCAUGCACAAUCAUUAGAUGUUUCUUCACUGAAGUCAAAAUCACUAUCGCAUAUUGAUACACAGACUAGUUCUGAUGUAGUCAAUAAAGCUUCACUUAAUCGAUCAUUAUCACAGAGUUUAAAUGAUGGUUGGGCAACACCAAAAUUACACGAUGAUUCACCCAUUCAGUCACCAUUACAAUCAUCAAUGCAUUCGCCACUUCGUUCACCAUUAUUGUCAUACCAGUCGCCUGUCCCAACACCGAUUAAUCAGGAUUCUACGAUAAAACCACUAAUGGUAACACCUGUCAAUACAGAUAAUACUGCAGCUUAUGUUUCUGGUGAAGUUGAUGCUGUUGACAUGAAGAAAAAUACAACAUAUUUUGAUUAUGAUCCAGUUCAUGGACCACAGAUCAAUGAAGUUGGACCUAUCUACAUGUUUAUGGUGAGACAUCCAUCGCAACAUGACAUGCUUAAUCUGAUGAAUGAACCAUAGUUUCUGAAGGCGACUGAUAAAAUAAAUGUCAGGAUUCAACCUUAAAGGUGUUACUUUAUAGGUUUAACAAAACUGAGUGUGGAAAAGUUUGAAGUUUGAAAGAAAUACAUCCACCUUUAUAUCAGUGACAACAGUAAUUACUUAAGCUUUUUAAAGGUAAUAUGACAUGUAUUGCGUGUUUAAUUCUCUGCUUUGAUUUUGGUUUUGUCUCCUUUGUUUCUAAAUGUUAUUUCGUGUUUUCUUUUGUUACAAAAAUUAAAUUUGAGAAUUUUAUUUAACUACAUACUUUAAGACUUUAUAAAAAUUGUUUAUUUGACGUAAUUAUUCUUAUUGUUAGACUUAGUAAAAUAUAUAACGUUUAUACAUUUUUCCAGCAUCUGA